AUGUGUAUCGCGGUUAAAUCUUUGCUCAAGUUCGUCAUCUCCACAAUCAAUGUGGUUUUGGGGAUUGGGUUCCUUAUCGUAGCACUACUUGGUCUUCUUCUGAAAACGUCUCAAGGCUUCGUCAGAUCAAUCCUUAACAAAGCAUUCAGUUUCGGCGCUCAAAUUGACAAUGAGGAUGCCGAAUAUCUGACAAACUUCGUCCUUGACAAUGCAACCGGCGUCUCUGUUAUACUAAUCGUUGUUGGUUUGGCCCUGGCCGCCCUCUGCUUCGUCGGUGCCUUUGCUUCCUGUUGCGGUUGUGGACUUCUUCUUAAGAUUUAUGCGAUUAUUCUCGCCGUCCUGCUUGUUGCACAAAUUGUCGCAGUGGCAGUCCUCUUCUCCGAUCCCGUUAAGCUUACUCAAUCCAUUAUUACGGCCAUGAAUGAACUCCUAAAGACGUUUGGCAAGACCAAUGAAGUUGGACAAGCGUCAACUGCCAUAUGGACGUUGGCUAUGACAUAUAACGGGACGUGCUGCGGCAUGGACGGAGCUGAAGAUUUCAAGACUAUUUCGCAAUUAAACGAUGCUCCUGCACCCUGCUGCAAACAUCCAGACCCAAACACAAAGACAGGAUGUUCUAUCGACGAAGCAAUAAAGAAAGGUGUACCCGGCUGUCGUGAGCGCAUUCAAAGCUUCACUUAUGACAACCUCAAGAUGAUUAUGUAUGUCGCCAUCGCGGCAAUAGUCAUACAGGCAAGUUUAUUUUCUUCUCCUUUGUAA